AUGUCUGUAUCUUUCUCUACGAUUUGGACGCAAUACUUCCCGCCAACGGGACCCCUUACCGAGGCCAACCUGCCAAACCAAGCUGGGAAGGUCUUCAUCGUGACAGGCGGAUCGAAUGGCCUAGGCUACGAGCUCUCGCGCCAGCUCUACGGCGCUGGUGGGAAGGUCUACGUCCUCACUCGCUCUAGAGAGCGGACGGAGAGCGCCAUUUCUAAGAUUAGAGCACACUACGACGCCGAGGACGCUGGAAAACAAAGGGGAAGUCUGGAGUUCAUCCUCAUGGACUUAAUGGACUUUGAGACUGUCAAGGCAGCCGCCCAAGAAUUUCUUAAUCGGGAGGGCCCGAACGGACGAUUGGACAUUCUAUUCAACAAUGCAGGCACAGGAGCUCGGAAGGAUGCCCCUCCUGGAAAACAGGGCCAUGAGUACCACUUUACAACGAACGUACUCGGGUCUUUCCUUCUGACCCGGCUCCUCUCACCCAUUCUCUCCAGUACUGCGAAGAAUUCACCGCCAGGUAGUGUGAGGGUAACGUGGCCUGGAUCUCUGCUCGUUGAGACCGGCAGCCCCAAGGAUGGCGUACGUAAGGAAUUCCUGGAGCAUUCAGGGCCUGCCAAGGACUUGAGCAUGGGCCCAAGCGAGCUCUACAGUUCGUCCAAGGCGGCGUGCUAUUUUCUUGCAUCCGAGUUUGCGCGCCGUCAGCCUAAUUCCGGUGGCAUUUUGCACGUGGCGGGCAAUCCAGGCAACUAUGUGACGGGCAUGUGGGUUCAUGUGCCGAAUUGGAUUUAUUUCCUCGUCCGACCCGUGCUCCGAAACCCAUCACCGCAUGGGGCUGAUACGUGGUUAUGGAUGGGCUUCUCCGAUGAGGUCACUCUUGAGGAUGCUGCUGCGGGACGCUAUGCAAUGUGCGAUGGUAGGUGGCACCCUGGGCAGCGAGGAGAUCUCGUUGCGGCAUUGCGUCGAGGAGAUGAGGGAGGAACAGGGCGGGCUAUCAACUACUGUUUAUCAGUUUCGCUCGUCGAGCUGGCCUUGCCAACUCAGGGUCUAUUUGCAGGUGGGGAUCUUCACCCGAACUUCAUCCGAACUGACAACUACUUGUCGUUGCUCAACCUUUCCCGCUCUGCAAUGCCGGUUCUAUAUCCCCCUCAAUUCUUGCGCACAUGCUUGCUUUUCCGAGGCGUCGGAUUUUUAUCCUUCAUCGCACCAUACCGCCGGGUAUGCCGAGAGAAGAUCUCCAUUUGCAUGAAGACCAACGCAGUGAAGCUGUGUAGCUUGUUUGCAGCCGUGGCUGGUAUUGCUCAAGCCCAGUUUCAGGAUUUCUUCAACAUCACUGCCUUUCCAAAUGAACAGAGAGAAAACGUCACGAAGUGGCUCAACGAGGCACGCACACUUGCAGGCUUCGAUCUUUACGCAUAUUUCGCACACCGCUGUAUUCUAGGACAGGUCUAUCCAGAGCUCUCUUCCGCGACACAACUUUCGGGGUUCAUCACCCCUCGCGAAGUCUUUGAACGUUUUUACUUCAUUGGCCAGAGUGCUGUCUCUGCAUGGGCAUACGAUACCGGCGAUGGUCUCGUUGUUUUCGACGCGCUGAACAAUGCCGCGGAGGCUGAGGGCAUUAUUAUUCCAGCUUUGGAGACACUUGGCUUCAGCGGUAGCGAUAUAAAACACCUCAUCAUCACCCACGAGCAUUUCGAUCACUAUGGCGGAGCGCGCUGGCUACAGGACAACUUUCAUCCUGCUACGUACGCCUCGGCCGCAGCUUGGGAGACCCUGGUCCAGGUGGAGGACGGUCCCAUUCAGGACAAGGUCAUUGAAGAGGGAGACGUCUUGACGUUCGGAAACGUCACAUUUAACUUCUACGUCACCCCAGGCCACACUCCCGGCACAGUUUCUUCCAUCUUUAAUGUAUAUGACGAAGGCGUCGAGCACACAGCUGGCUUCUACGGUGGCGUCGGAAUCCCGAGCGACGCAUCAGCUAAGGACCAACAGAUUGUCUCAUUGAAUCGGUUCGCCGACCUGGCAAUGGGGGCUGGUGUUGACACGCUCAUCGCCAACCAUCAAAACCAAGACCGUGCUCUCUACCAUUUUGACCUCCUUGAGCACCGGCCGGUCGGUACAGAUCAUCCAUUCGUCAUCGGCGGGGAUGCCUUCGAUCGAUAUCUUAGAGUCAAUGGACAAUGUGUGAGGGUCAAAGCUGCUAGGGACGGGCAGUUCUUGCAGGCCUAG